AUGUCCGAGUCAUCUCCCGUAAGUGAUCUCGGCACAUUUUUCUAUCUCGUCGAUGCCGCACUAGCCGCUCGCACCUUAUAUUGCUUCUGUCGCACCUACUUUACCCACAAAGUGCGAAAAGAUGACCUUCGCAAGAAAGAGCAAAUGCAAAAGGAAAAUCCUUCCGCACGAUCAACAGACAAUACUGCUGCGUUAUCUUCCCCUUCGAACCUUCCCGCGCAACCACCAAAGAAGAAGGAACCGGUUCGUGUCUACAUGGAUGGUUGCUUCGAUGCCAUGCACUUCGGCCAUGCAAACGCUCUGCGUCAAGCGAAAGCCCUUGGUGAUGUUCUUGUCGUCGGUAUUAACCCAGAAGUCGAGAUCCGCAAACACAAGGGCCCUCCUGUCAUGACUGAUGAAGAGAGGCGCAUUGCUGUUUCCAGCGUGAAAUGGGUCGAUAAGGUUCUCACGGAUGUUCCAUAUGUCGUCACUCCCGAAUUUUUGAAGACUCUCAUCGAGAAACACAAGAUUGACAUCAUUGUACAUGGUGACGACCCUUGUAUUGGGGCCGACGGUCAAGAUGUUUAUCGCGCUGUCAAGCAAAUGGGCCGCUUCAGAACAGUCAAGCGCACCGAAGGCGUCAGCUCUACUGACAUCGUCGGCCGUAUGCUACUUUGCACUAGGGAUCAUCAUGUCGAUUUCGCCAACUCUUCAUCACGGCAUGCAAACAGCGCCCCGCCCAAUCCUGACGAGGGAGCAAUUGUUCAGUCAUCCAUUCCACGGAGGAGGCCUUUCACAAGAGUGAGCUCAUUUUUGCCCACCACUAGGCGCCUCAUUCAGUUCGCUGGCGAAACCAGAGCGCCGAAACCUGGGGAUCGCGUCGUUUACUGCGAUGGAACGUUCGACAUGUUCCAUGCUGGUCAUAUCGAGACAUUGCGCAAGGCAAGGGAGCAGGGUGACUUUUUACUGGUUGGCAUUCACGAUGACGCAACCGUCAACGCGCGAAAGGGUAGCAAUUUUCCCAUUAUGAAUGUCCAUGAGCGUACGUUGGCGGUUCUCAGUUGUCGGCACGUUGACGAAGUCAUCAUUGGGGCCCCUUGGUGCAUCUCGGAAGAUAUGAUUAAGACGAUGAACAUUUCCGCUGUGGUUCAUGGUAGUCAUCGCGGAGAUAGCAAGUACGUGGACAACUUUGUAGAUCCGUACGAAGUGCCCCGCCAGAUGAACCUUCUCCAUAAGGUCAAGUCUGAAAGUGAACUUACAGUUCAAGUAGUGUUGGAUCGCAUUGUACAGAAUAGAGAGGCUUUUGUCAAGCGUAAUGUUAAGAAAGAAGCAGCCGAAGUUGAGUACUUGACGAAGCACAAGCAGUACGUGGAAGAGGGAUAGAUUGCUUCCUUCAUAUUGCGAGCUUGGCUUUCAGCAGUGUGCUAAGUGAGGGGCCAUUGCGAUUUGUGAAGGGUAUGUGCUGUGCACGCAUGCAGAGCUCUUCGCGCGGUAUCACGCCUGCAAGGCAAGGGCUGCCGGCUUGGGACGGGUGCGCUAAUUUUCGCCCAUGCUUUCGCAACCUGCGCAAAGGGUAUUGAAGAGUGCGAUGCCCUCAAAUGCUACAAGUAGCCGUAACAUUUGCCCAAGCCUAGGUUGAGCAUUUUCUCGAGAUGGAUCGCGAGCACAUCAGGCGAAACCGUGUGGAAGCACAAGUGGCAGAUAGGACGCGGAGGGCCAAGGGUCUUUCCUGUAGAGAACAAUAAAACUUCUUGGCUUCGCACACUGGAGUCAUGAACAGUGA